AUGCCGUUCGCGUUGAAAGGGAAAAACGUGCUUAUCACCGGCGGCGGUAGAGGUGUGGGGGCGGAAAUCGCCCGGAGAUUCGCUGCAGAAGGUAGCAAUGUUGCCAUCAACUAUGUGAACAGCGAAGGCCCAGCUCAAGCUCUAUCUAAGGAGAUACAAGACAAGUACAAUGUCAAAACGACGGUAAUCAAGGGCGAUGGCGGUGUCAUCGCAGACAUCCAAAACUGUGUUCAAGAAACCAUCAAAGCCUUUGGUGGCUUGGACGUCAUCAUUGGCAAUGCUGGCUUUACAAAGUUCUCGGAUUUCAAAGACCUCGAUGCGUUGACCUAUGAAGAGUGGGACAAGUGCUUUCACACGAACGUGACGGGUAACCAUGCACUUCUGAAGGAAGCCCUUCCCACAUUCAACAGCAAUCCCGACGGCGGAGUCUUCAUCAUGACAUCCUCAGUGGCCGGCAAGUCCUUGAGCGGUUCAUCCAUGGCGUAUUCGGUCACCAAAGCUGCUCAGAUUCAUUUGAUGAAAUGUUUGGCCAACACUCAAGGCCCAAAGGUCCGGGUUAAUGCAGUCUUACCUGGCUUGCUCUUGACAGACUGGGGCAAUCUUUACGGAGAGGAGAAGAUCAAUGCCAUCAAGCAGGCUGCCGCCUUACAGAAAGAGACUGAUAUCGGAGAGUGCGCUGACGCCUUCGUGAUGCUUGCAAAGAAUACCUCGGUGACUGGACAAGCGUUCGUUGUUGACUCCGGCCUCGUCGUUGCGCAUAUGUAG